AUGGCUGAGCUUUCCAUUCCCCAAACCCAAAUCGCUGCAAUAGUCCCAGAGCAGGGCGGUCCAGUUGAAUUCGACGACAACUACCCGGUCUCACUGCCUGGAGAGGACGAAGUGCUAGUCAGAGUCCUCUAUACCGGUGUUUGUCAAAGUGAUCUAAACACCAAAGCUGGAACUGCUACUGGCGCCGACGGCCUCCCCAUCACGAAUAUCAAACUUCCUCACGUCGGAGGACACGAAGGUGUAGGGCGUGUCGUGGCACUCGGUCCUAAUCUGACCCCUAAUGAGACCCUCCAACUGGGGACGUUGGUGGGAAUUCGCUUCGCCUCCCGUGAUAUCGACCCAAAGGUGGUUGGACCUACACUCUGUGCGGGCGUGACAGCAUACAAAGCGGUUCGUAAUGCGGGCUUGAAAAAGGGAGACUGGCUUACAGUCAUUGGAGCGGGUGGCGGCUUGGGCCAUUUUGCAGUCCAAUACGGUCUUGCUCUGGGUGCUCAGGUGCUGGGCGUCGAUGCCGGUGCUGAGAAGCAGCAAUUCGUGGAGUCCCUCGGAGCCAAAUUCCUGGACUUCACAAAAUGUCGGGAUCUUGCAGAUGAAGUUAGAAGGAGCACAGCCGGCGGCACGCACGCAGUUGUAGUCACCAGUGGCCACCCUCGUGCCUUUCAGAAGCUGGGCGACAUGAUCAGGAUCGGCGGAUCGCUAUGUAUUGCGGGCAUUCCACCCGGGGAUGUGCAUCUGGACGUCAUCAAAGGGCUAAAGAUACAAGGGAAUCUGGUAGGGUCUCUCGAGGAGACGCUCGAGGCUGUGGAGAUGGUUCGCGUCGGCAAGGUAAAGGUGCAUGUCAAGGUUAGACCUUUCCGGGAUCUGCCAGACGUGUAUGGGAUGCUGGAGAAGGGUGAUAUAGCUGGUCGCAUUGUGUUGCAGCUAUAG